GAGUCAAUUAUUCGAUUUUGGAGAUGAUGUUUCCAUGGAUGUGGAUAAUCAAUCUGAAUUGUUGGAAACACCAGCUUCAAGCAGAAAUAUUGAAGAGAUGGGCUAUUCAAGUAAUAGGGAAGAAAAUGAUGAAAUGGUUCAACAAAUUACAGAUACAGAUUCAUUACUAUACACGGCAUCAAAUCGGGGCGCGUUGCAGUUAAUACUAAACCGUUUUAUGUACGGCUGCCAUUACCAGCGAGACAACGGCCACAAAAGGCGGUGGCGGUGUAUAGAAUAUAGAGAUAAAAAAUGUGUCGCUUCGAUUGACACAAUUGGCGAACAGAUUGUGGCAAGAAAGCACAAGCAUUGCCAUCCAAAUCACGAAGAAAAAAUCAGAAAAAAAAUGGCACGAAAAGAUGUGAAAAUUUUUACGACUAUACAGAUGGCGCAAGAUGUUAUGAAAUAAAAAAGUAAGACUUCGUAACUUUU